AUGACUAUAGGCAAUCUCCAAGUUACUGCAGUUACUAUCCGUGGUCUUGCUGAAAACGGGUUGAAUAAUAUCAACGCUUUUUUGGGUUGUUACAUUGUAUCUACUGAUAAACAUCGUACACAAAGUCAACGAGGUCCUGAACCUCAAUGGAAUCAAACUCUUACAAUACCUAUUCCUGAAGGCCAUAACGAAUUACACUUGGAAAUUAUUAAUGAAAAUCCUUCUGAUUCUGGUGUUAUUGGUGUGGGUAGAUUUGAUUUGACACCUGUGAUCUAUCAAAAUCAAAGAGAAGAGGUUUGGAUUCCUAUUCACCCAACCAACAAUAAUGCUUCCACUCUAGGUCAUCUUUUGAUUCGAAUUGAAAAGCAACAUUAUCAACCUUCAUCUGAUUAUCCACCUCCUCCUCCAAAUUAUUCUGGAUCUUUCGCAAGUAAUGAAUAUCCUCAAGAAAAGCAACAUCAUCAACAACAACAACCACCUGCCUUUGGUCAACCCGAUCGACAAUCUUCAUUUGCAUCUCUUGGUCCUGAACAACCUAUUCCUGAUAAUUAUGGUGCUGGUAAUCCUCCUCCCUUUACUCCUCCUGCCACAUCUUCCAACGAUCCUCCAGCAUACCCUUCAGCUUAUCCUCCAUCUUAUCCACAACAUAACCAACAACAAGGUUUUCAAAUGCCUGGAACAUCUCAACCCGACAAAGCAUCGCAAGAUCAAGAUAAAUCAACUGAUUGGAAGAAAUACGGUGGAAUUGCUCUUGGUGCAGCUGGAGCCCUUGGACUUGGAGCAUUUGUGGCACAUGAAAUCAAGGAACAUAAAGAAGAAAAACAUCAUCAGCAUCAUUACAAGCAUUGAUAUCUCAAGAUAUAUUUCUUUUGUAUUCUAUUCAGUCCAAUGACACAUCAGUAGUUUUAGUUUUAUCCUCCCUGUCGUCUAUUCAAUAAAAAAAAAAAAGAAAUGAAGUCCUUCUACUUUUAUUACAUGAUCUUCGUCAUUAUUGUCAAAUUCAGUGUAAUCUAUCUUCAACGUUAUUCAUCCAUCCUAUUGAAUUCAGCAUUUUCUAUUCUAUUAUCAUUGAUCAUUAUCUUUAUUUGUUGCAUAAAUCAGCCAUCAUCCCUCAUCCCAACAUAAGAUCAUAAAAUAGUAAGAUCAAACAUGUUUUUUUUAUUAUAAAAGUAAGAUAACAAAAAAAAAAAAGGUACAUUUAAGCAAUGAGUUCAACAACUA